AUGAGGAUAGAAUAUUAAAAGCUAAGCCUUGAAGACUUUAGGGGCAAAUAUCUGGUGCUUUUCUUCUAUCCUCUGGACUUCACCUUUGUGUGUCCCACAGAAAUUGUUGCUUUUAGUGACAAAGCCAAAGAGUUUCAUGAUGUGAACUGUGAAGUUGUCGCAGUCUCAGUGGAUUCCCACUUUACUCAUCUUGCCUGGAUCAAUACGCCCAGGAAGAAUGGCGGUUUGGGCCACAUGAACAUAGCCCUUUUGUCGGAUUUAACUAAACAGAUUUCCCAGGACUACGGUGUACUGUUGGAAGGUCCUGGUAUUGCACUCAGAGGCCUCUUCAUCAUCGACCCCAAUGGUGUUAUCAAGCAUCUGAGUGUCAACGAUCUCCCCGUGGGCCGAAGUGUGGAAGAGACCCUCCGCUUGGUGAAGGCAUUCCAGUUUGUGGAAACCCAUGGAGAAGUCUGCCCAGCAAACUGGACACCAGAUUCCCCUACAAUCAAGCCAAGUCCAACAGCUUCCAAAGAAUACUUUGAGAAGGUCCAUCAGUAGAGAGCUCCCUGUGCACCUCCAGCUUCUCCAGCCUAAGAAGAGCCGCAGCUAGGGGCCCUUAGGCAUCCACACAUGAUGAUUUAUAGAAGGCAGGAGCCCAGUUGUGCUCGCACUUACAAAUAUUCCUCUUAAGUGUUUUGUUUUUGUAACACUGGCCAAGGCCUUCUAAAGGCGGUCAGUUGCUAACCUCAGGAGUCCAUAACUGGGACAUCUCAACAGCUUAGCUAAGUUCUGCGGAAAGCCAGCUCCUUUCUUAGAACAGGUCCUCAGCUGGUAAAGAAAGUACUCUUGCAGGGUUUUUUUUCCCCCUUUGUUUUACUAGUAUAUU